UAGUGGUAGCUGCACAGUGCGUGGAGACUGCUGAAGCUAUGGGAGCUGACCGUGACCAUCUCAUGUCUGCAAUUAGCUCUGCUGUCAAUGUUCGUUCUCACGGGGAUAUAUCAACUCUUACUGCUGCUGCUGCCACAGCUUUGCGAGGAGCUGCAACAUUAAAGGGUAGAGCACUGAAGGAAGUAUGGAACAUAGCUGCAGUAACUCCAAAAGAAAAGGGAAUUGGUGUAGGCACAGUUCGAAAGAGUGAUCAAACUCAAACUAAUAGCAAUAAUUACUCCGAGGGACUUGACGUUGAAGAGAAUUUUCUGGGUGUUUGUAAUCAAGAACUGCUGGCUCGGGGUCGCGAGUUUCUGAAGCGAACGCGUAAUGGUGAUCUUCACUGGAAAAUAGUCUCUGUCUAUAUUCAUCGAAGCGGAGAUGUGAUGCUGAAGAUGAAAAGCAAACAUGUGGGGAAAACUAUCACCAAGAAAAAGAAGAAUGUAGUGCUAGAAGUUUACAAGGAUGUACCAGCAUGGCCAGGAAGGCAUUUAUUUGAGGAUGGUGAGAAACGUCGAUAUUUUGGAUUAAAGACAGAAGUACGAGGUGUGGUUGAGUUCGAAUGCAAAAAUCAAAGAGAAUAUGAGAUGUGGACUCAAGGUGUUUUCUCUCUAUGGUUGCUGAGAGGAAGAAGAGAUUUCAGAACUAAUUAA